GUUGCAUAAGACAUACGCAUACAUAGGUAGAAAAUGGAAACGACGCUGAAGUGUUUUCCGUUUCCAGAAAAGUAUCCUGUUGAUGUGUCUCCUCUGGAUUACAAUGACUUGAGGAAAAGCUCUGAUGACUACAUGGCAUAUCUGGCAGGAAACAGCUCAUCUGAGAGCAACUGGUUCCCUCUUCCAGGUGGCGCAAAGGUGGAAGUGAGGCACACCAGCGUGAAGCGUCUGCCCCUGUUUGGUGACGGCGACCCCUUGCACACAGUGCUGGCUCUGUCUGAGCCUGGAUGUGAAACCCAGGCAGUGGUUGCGUUGUAUCUGAAUGGAAAAUGGUGGGCAGUGAAUGACAUCCUGAAGACCUCCAACACGUCGAGAUCUGGGCUGGUUACGGUGCAGUCAGUGGGGGAGAGAGUGGUUCUGUUCCUUCUCAGCCAGAUUAUUUUUGGGGUGCUGGAGAGACCCCUGGGAGCUGACACUUACUUCACCCCUCAUCCGUUGGGUGAGGUGGGCAAGAUUCUCUGGCAGGACGGGGAAGCAGCUGGCUUCUACACCAUCAAACAGAAAGGUGCUCUGUGUGGCAGCUGCACCAGUCGGAGUUACCUGCUGCCUGUGCUGGACACCGUCUUUGUGAGGAUGCAGUUUCGCAGGAGAGGACUUGCUUUGCGGAUGCUGGGGGAUUUCUGCGCUUCCUUCACUAAUGAGGAAGUGGUGGGAAUCAGCAGCCCAGUGUCUCCCAGCAUGCAACAUGUGUGCAGGAAGUACCUGCUGGCUCGCGAGCAGGAGAGAGAGCGGCUGUAUGAGGUGGAGGCACCUGGAGGCUGGGCUCAGAGGAGGAACAUCUGGCUGAGCAUCCAGCUCGGCCAGCACCCUGCAAACCACUCCAAUAUUGAGAAAAACCUGUCUGACGAAAAUCAUGAACAGAAAUCAGAUGCAGAUGAAGCUGAAAAGGUCCGUGAAUGCCAAACCUCGGACCGCGUGGAGGCUGCUGCUCGUGAGCCCAAGAGACGCACGAGCCUCAAACGAGCAGGAGACGCAUCUGAGAAGAGCGUGAAAUCCAAACAAGUAAAGGCAUUAAAUUAGAUCUGCAAGAAGUGGCAAGCUGAGGACCCCUAACAACAGGACUACUGGACUCAGUCUGUCUUCCCGAUUGGAAACAGAACUUCCUCAACAAACUCGUCUCGGCUUUGAGUUCAAUGUACACUUAGUGGUUUUAUUUCCCGAAAGUCACAGCUGGUGACCCAACAGUAUUGUUACCAUAAAAAAAAAACCAUCGAG